ACCCGCCCGCGCCCCUCCGCUUGCGGCGCACCAUCCCCAUCCCCAUCCCCCACCCCUGCUCCUGCUCCGCCUCCGCCCGCCCGCUCGAAUUUUUCAACCCCGCCUCCCCACGCCCCGCCGCCUGCGCCUCGUGCUGGCGGCGACAGCCACGGCCGCCGCGGCCUCCGUCGCCCCCGACGACAUCUCGCAGCUCAACUACCGCCUCCGCGCCAUCGUCCGCCGCCGCGACGCCGCCUCCGCCGCGGCGGCCUCGUCCGCUUCCCCCGUCGACCCGGCCCAGGCCGAGGCCUACCUCCGCAUGAUCCGCGACCAGCAGCGCCUCGGCCUCAGCCAGCUCCGCGGGGACAGAGGCGGCGGCGGCGGGGAAGCCGAGGCCGACGGCGACGAGGAGGGGGAGACGCGGAGGAAGGGGGUGGCGGCGGGGAGCUCGCUGGGGCACAGGGUGGACCCGCGGGAGCUGGAGCCCGGGGAGUACGUCGUGCACAAGAAGGUUGGCGUCGGCAAGUUCGCCUGCAUCAGCGCCGAGGACGGCGUCGACUACGUCUUCAUUCAGUAUGCCGACGCCAUGGCCAAGCUCGCUGUCGACCAGGCCGCACGCAUGCUCUACAGAUACAACCUGCCUCAUGAGAAGAAGAGACCGCGGAAUUUGAGCAAACUGAAUGAUCCUUCUACCUGGGAGAAGCGGAGGCUCAAAGGGAAGCUUGCUGUUCAGAAGAUGGUUGUCAACCUGAUGGAGUUGUAUUUGCAAAGGAUGAGGCAGAGCAGACCUCCAUACCCAAAGCCUGUGGCAAUGGAAGAGUUUGCUGCUGAAUUUCCUUAUGAACCUACUCCAGAUCAAUGCCAGGCUUUUAUAGAUGUUGAGAAAGAUCUGACAGAAAGGGAAACACCAAUGGAUAGAUUAAUCUGUGGAGAUGUGGGCUUUGGCAAAACGGAAGUUGCAAUGCGUGCUAUAUUCAUUGUUAUAUCUGCAGGAUAUCAAGCUAUGGUUCUCGCGCCAACGAUUAUACUUGCCAAGCAACACUAUGAUGUAAUGACUGAGCGUUUUGCCAAUUAUCCGGACAUAAAGGUUGCCAUAUUUAGUGGUGCUCAGACCAAAGAUGAAAAAGAUGACCUAAUAACAAAGAUUAAGAAUGGAGAUUUGCACAUCAUUGUUGGAACUCAUGCUCUCCUUACGGAAAGGAUGGCCUAUAGCAAUCUUGGUCUUCUAGUGGUGGAUGAAGAACAAAAAUUUGGUGUCCAGCAAAAGGAGAAGAUUGCAUCAUACAAGUCUUCUAUUGAUGUUCUUACACUCUCUGCAACACCCAUCCCACGUACCCUGUAUCUGGCUUUGACUGGUUUCCGGGAUGCAAGUUUAAUGUCUACACCACCUCCUGAAAGAGUAGCAGUAAAGACAUAUGUGUCAGCAUUUAGUAAAGAAAGGGCCCUCUCAACUAUCAAGUUUGAGCUGCAACGUGGCGGUCAAGUCUUCUAUGUUGUACCACGAAUAAAAGCAAUAGACGAUGUGUUGCAGUUUCUCAAGGACUCUUUGCCAGAUGUACCAAUCGCUGUUGCUCAUGGAAAGAAAAUGUCAAAGAACAUACAAUUUGCAAUGGAAAAGUUUGCCCGCGGGGAAGUGAAAAUUCUUGUCUGCACGCAUAUUAUUGAAAGUGGAAUAGAUGUUGCAAACGCAAAUACAAUAAUUGUCCAGUUUGCAGAACUAUUUGGACUCGCCCAGCUGUAUCAGUUACGAGGAAGAGUAGGACGAUCAGGUAGGGAAGGUUUUGCAUACCUCUUCUACACGGAUAAGUCUUUGCUCUCAAGAGUUGCAACGGAUAGACUUGGAGCUAUUGAGGAGCAUUCAGAGCUUGGCCAAGGUUUUCAUGUUGCAGAGAAGGAUAUGGGUAUCAGGGGGUUUGGAAGUUUGUUUGGUGACCAACAAUCUGGAGAUGUUGCAAAUGUUGGCAUUGAUCUAUUCUUUGAUAUGCUUUUUGACAGCUUGUCAAAGGUUGAUCAGUUUUGCCUUGUACCUGUUCCUUACAAAGAUGUUCAGCUGGAUAUAAACAUUUCUCCUCAUCUCUCCUCUGAAUAUAUUAGUUACCUGGAAAAUCCUGUCGAAUUGCUCAAUGAAGCAGCAAAAGCUGCAGAGAAAGAUCUAUGGACCUUAAUACAGUUCACAGAAGAUCUUCGUCGACGAUAUGGAAAGGAGCCCCGUGAUAUGGAGUUGCUAUUGAAAAAGCUCUAUGUAAGGCGGAUGGCAGCAGAUCUUGGUAUCAGUCGGGUAUAUCCAUCUGGCAAAACGAUAUUCAUGAAAACAAACAUGAACAAGAAGGUAUUUAGGCUCAUGACAGAAGCGAUGACUUCCGAAACACAUCGGAAUUCCCUAUCGUUCGUCGGAAAAGAAAUUAAGGCUGAACUACUCGUCAGUUUACCAGACACUCUACUUCUGAACUGGCUUUUCCAUUGCUUAGCAGACUGCUAUGCUGUGAUACCAGCCCUUGUGAAGUACUAGAUACUUUUGUUUACAAGAACUGAAUGUUUUUGCCGCCACCAUGAAAGGGAGCAAACUAUCCAUGCUCGAAGAGAAAGUCUCUGAGAAAGCAGCCUUGGCAAUUGGGGUAGUCUGCAAUGGAUGGUUCUUCCUCGUGGUGAUAUUGGCCUCAGGCUCUGCCAAGCCAAGGCAUGCCCAAUCAUACACAUAACUGGUUUAGGAAAGUCUGUCAGAAUUGUUAACAUAACAGAGCAUACCUAAAGUCGGUCUGCCAAAUUUUACAGGAGGACGCUAGAAGCCACAGAUUGCAUUUUCUACAUUUGCUGACAGCAGUGGCUGAUGGAUUGCCUGUUGCAUAAUACUAACUUGAGAAGUUGAGAUGCAGCGUGACAUUGGGAAGCUUGGAGAACUCAAUUUUGAUCCUAUCUGACAAAAUAGAUUAUAUUCAAAACUAGGCAAGAUCUUUGACGGAUGGACUAUCAAGUUGUUGCUCGACUAACAGGUUGGUAGCGUUGGCAUUGACCAUACACCAUUUGUCUGACAAAAAGAAAUAUUAGGGAAUUUGGGGCCAAUUGGUCUGUAAAUUAAUGUAUUGUAAGCAGGUAGUGACAGACUGACAGGUGACAGUGAUCAUAUUCGUUUUCUACAACAAAGUUGUGUAGCGGUUCAAGAGGUGCGCUUCAAUGUAUGAGCUUAGCAUGAUUGAACUGAAUGAAAACGAAUAUCUCAGAAAAGCUCUCUGCUAUAGAGUCUUUAAUAGAGAUUUGUUAGAAGAAACAUUUUGGUUAGUAGAUUCAGGAACAUAUAAAUUGAAAGUGACAUCCGAUCUGUUAAAUUGUA